ACGAUGAACGUAGGAAGAAGCCUGAGAGCCUGAGUCGAACUAGGAAAGUGCUAGCAAGCAGCAGCAAGACAAGAAGCAUAAUGGCCCUCACACCUUUAAGUUGUGCUUUUUCAUUAGAAUAAUCUUCCAUUAAUAAUUCCCGUAACUGAUUAUAUUAACACUUCAAAAUAAGUCUCUAUCAGUAAAUUAAAUUUAGAUAUUAAACGAAAGAACAGUAAAAAAGGAAUAAUUAAAUUCAGUUAAACCGGUGUCGUGUCCUGAAAAUUUCGUCAGUCAAUUUUACUUCUAGUGCGGCAACUAUAUACAAUUGAAAAUGGAGGGCACCGGUAGAGGAAGAGCUAGUCUCUUGGACAGAUUAAAACAGCAACAAGCUCAAGUGAGACAAGCUGAAGAGACAAUUGAUGAACCCAAGGAAUCGCAAGAUGUUUCUCCGGUUGUAACCAUAGGACGUGGACGGGGUAUUGCCUCUCUUCUUGCGUCCGUUGAAGCUGCUAAACCACAAGAAGCACCACCACCACCAAGCCUAGGUGGCGGUCGAGGUAGAGCAAGUUUCAUAUUACCCCCUGAAUCGACAGCUGCGUCGUCGACCGUUGCAUCGAUAUUUGGUCGUGGAAGAGGAUCUGCUCCUUCGUUGGUCUCAGUCAAAUCUACAACAACAACCACAACGUCAUCAGGUUCAACGCCAACAACAUCAACAACUUCCCGAGAUGUGUCUGGUGUUGUAGCACCUCUAGAAGCGUUGAACAUCACCGAGACGAAAUCUUCCGAACCAGAUAUUGUCUCGCGACAGGGAGAAAGUGGCAGACCAAUUCACUUAACUUCCAAUUACAUUAACUUGAGCAUAGAGCCUGGAAAGGAACUCAACAUGUACGAAGUUAAAUAUAAUCCUGACAUUGAUUCUCGUCCUUUGCGAAAUAGAUUACUACUUCAGCACACAAAUGUUAUUGGAACGACGAAAAAUUUUGAUGGUUCACUAUUAUAUCUUCCGCGAAAAUUAGAAAAAGAGGUAACAGUAUUAGAUUCUACACAUCCGGCGGAUGAAUCGAAAGUCAGGUUACAAAUAAUAUUUAAAAAAACUCAAAAAAUGCAUGAGAAUGUGACAUUUUUCAACAUUCUCAUAAAUCGUGUGAUGAAAGCACUGCAGUUAGUGAAAGUUGGUCGAAAAACGUUUAAUCCGGCUUGCGGACACGUGGUUCAACAGCAUCGAUUGGAAAUUUGGCCUGGAUAUGUUACGGCUAUCAAUGAAUAUGAAGGUGGUCUGAAAUUGUGCAUAGAUUCAAGUCAUCGAGUUAUGCGAACUGACACUGUUCGCGAUUUCAUGAGAGAUAUUAGUAAAAAAGAUCCGAAAAAUUUCAAGGAUAAAGUAGUUAAUGAACUGCUUGGUACUUCAGUACUUACAAGAUAUAACAACCAAACUUACAGAAUUGAUGAUAUUGCUUGGGAUAAAUCGCCGAAAUUUAGUUUCAAUCGUAAGGGACAAGAUAUUUCUCUAGUCGAUUAUUAUAAGACACAGUGGAAUUUAAUUAUUCAAGAUUAUGACCAGCCUCUUUUAGUGAAUCGUUCAAAAGAACGUACUUCGGAUGGACAGACUAUUGAGAGAAUGCUUCUUCUGAUUCCUGAAUUUUGUUAUUUGACGGGAAUUACGGACGCAAUGCGCAGUGACUUUAGAAUAAUGAAGGACAUUCAACAAGUGACGGGAAUGAAUCCAUCGGCGCGACGUGAUGUGAUUAGAAAAUUUGUUGCAAAAGUGAAGGAAACCGAUGUUACUAGAGAACUUUUGGCGGGUUGGGGUUUGAGAAUGGAAGCAGAUACCAUUAAAAUUACUGGUAGAGCUUUAGAUCCAGAAAUGUUAAUUUUUGGAAACAACAAAACAUUGUCGGCCGGACCAAAAGCUAAUUGGCCUGGAGCAACGAAGAUGCCAGUUUUACGCACUCCUCACUUGGAAACUUGGUGUCUUUUGUUUGAUAAGAGAGACGAGAAAAAGGCGAAAGACUUUGUGCAAACUCUAAAAUUUGUUGGCAAGGCGGUCGACAUGACAAUAAGAGAACCACAAAUGAUUGCUUUACCAAAUGAUCGUACAGAAAGUUUCUUGGUCAAAUUGAAAGAGAUUAUACGGCCAAAUAUUGAUAUUGUAGUAUUGAUUUUCCCCGCUCAACGACAGGAUCGUUAUGCUGCAGUAAAAAAACUCUGCUGUGUGGAUAUGCCAGUUCCUUCACAAGUUAUUUUAUCAAAAACGAUUGGAAUGGAUCCGAAGAAAACAAAGAGCGCUGUCGAAAAAAUUGCUUUACAAAUUAAUUGUAAACUCGGUGGAGCUCUCUGGGCUUUAAAGAUUCCAUUUGAUAAAUGUAUGGUAUGCGGAGUCGACGUCUAUCAUGCUGGACCUGGAAAAGUGACGCAUGGAAGUGCCGCUGGUUUUGUGGCCAGUAUGGAUAAAGGUCUCACUUCCUGGUAUUCAAAAAUAUGUAUACAAACCAGAAAUCAGGAGCUUGUUGAUUUAUUGAAAAUAUGUUUAGUUUCUGCUGUUAAAGCUUAUCAUCAGAAAAAUGGAUUUUAUCCCGACAGAAUAUUCCUAUACCGCGAUGGGGUGGGCGAUGGUCAAUUAGAAGUAGUUACCAAGUAUGAAGUUAAGCAGUUACUUUCAGCUUUCUCCCUCAUUAGCACGGACUAUUCUCCCAAAUUGACAAUUAUAAUUGUUCAAAAGCGAAUUAAUACAAGAAUUUUAGCAAUUCAACAAAGAGAACUUGAAAAUCCACCACCAGGAACAAUUGUGGACAGCGACGUGACUAAAAGAAAUUACUAUGAUUUCUAUCUAAUUUCUCAACACGUGGGCCGAGGAACUGUUUCACCCACACACUACAUAAUCAUUCAUGACAGUGCAAACAUGAAAACUGAUCAUCUUCAACGAUUGACGUAUAAAUUAUGUCACCUUUAUUACAAUUGGUGCGGCACAGUGAGAGUACCAGCGCCAUGUAUGUACGCUCAUAAAUUAGCGUAUCUCGUUGGCCAAAGUCUUCAAAUUGAACCAAGUGAAAAAUUGGCUCAUCACUUAUAUUAUCUUUAAAUUUUCAGAUUUUUUUUCCAUUAUGAUAUAAUUAAUCGUUAAAUACGGAAGAAAUCGUUAAAAUUAGUGUUUAUUUAAGAAAUUAUUAAUGAUAAUUAAUAGUUGAAGAUUUAUUAUUUAGUCUAUUAAAUAUUCUCUUUCGUUGAGUAUAUGAAAUAGUUUAUUGAAACUGAAAAAAAUAAUUCUUUUUUUUUGGUUUUUUCAAUCUAUAAUGAUGAACAGUAUUAAUGAACGAAAUGUUCAAUAUGUUUUUUGAUUACUCUAAGUUGUAAAGUAAAAUGAAAAAAUGUCAUUUAAUUUAAAUAAUCGUUUUUAUUUUUAUUUGCGAAACAUCUCUAUUUGAUACGAGACUAUACUGUAAGUUAACGAACAAAUUUUUGUAUUUUUAUACUUAUAAUUGUGCAAAUAAAAAACGAUAUAAAAA